AUGUCCGACGUCAAGUCCAAAGGUGGAGCUACCAUCGAAAAGGGGGAUACUGUCAGCACACCGUAUCGUGGAGGAAAGCAUGAAGGCCAAGUCGAGCAGAUCGUGACGGAUGACAAUGAAGCACAGAACCUAGGCGUCAAAGGAACCAAACAUGCUCCAGCCGUUGUGUUUACCGACCAAAACAACAAAAAGGUUGCGCAUAAGCCGGGUACGGUGACCGAUCUGGACAAGGAGUCUUGA